AUGUUCUCCUCCAGUUGGUCAACGCUGAGCAGGAGCCUUGUUGUUCUGGGGAUUGGCGUUGGCAUUGUGUCGACGGUUGCCCGUUGGCGCGGGCGGCGCAUAGGCUUUGCGCAAAUCUCGCUACUGAUGGUCGCCGGCCUGCUGUCGCCGCGUGCGCAUCCGCAAGCACCACCUGCUCUCCCGCCGCAGCUUUCGAAACAUCAUGCCGCGGAGGAGCAGCUCUUGACUGAGCUGGCCGACAACAUGGACCUUCUUCCGGCCGCGCGUCAACGUCCCGCCGAAUCUGUGCGCGAGCUUCCCGACCGCGACCCAGACCUCACGUCUUCAGGGGGCCCACUCGCGCGCGCCGGUGCCUCGUCCACCAGGCCUCACCCAAAUUCCCGGGGGCACCAUUACUCUCAUUCCACCUCCAGCUCCAUCUCCACGCUCUCUCACCCGCCGCCAAUGCCCGCCCACGCUCGCUCAAUGUCGCAUGCCGACGCAACCACCGCUCGCCAGAACAAACGUCUUUCCCUCAAUUUCCCCGUUCCCGUGCAACCCGCCUCAACAGCCCACAUUCCAUCGCCCCGACGCCCUCGCCCAGCCUCGUGGGUUGGCGCAAGCCCCGUGCGCCACGACACUUUCCAGCCUUCGCUCGCAUCUCCUCCGCCCGACGGCAACUUCUUCACCGCGCUGGCCGCCCAGGAACGCCGCGUAUUGGAGUUGAGAGAUGAGCUCGCAAAAGCCGAAGAACAUUUAAAGGAGCUGAAGAAGCAAUGGGCCAACCAGGAGGCUGCUCGCAAAGGCCUGAAGGAGGGAUAUGGCUUCCAUCCGCUGCACCCGCUCAACACCAACAUACCCAACCUCGGCAUCAUUGACGAUGAUCCGGAUGGCCCCAGUUGGAUGCAGAAGGAGAUGGAGCGCAGGAGAGCUAUACUCAAUGGCCAGCGUAGCUCAACCCGGAAGGUCUUCAGCGGCUCUCGCCACACUCGCACUCUCUCCCUCCUGUCUCCUGACAAGACAGCGCCCGCUACGUCCUUCCCCAGGUCUGCAGAGAGAAGGUCGGACGAAGUUACAAGCCGCGCCCUUAGUCGCACUCCAAGCCGCACGCGCUCCUCCACUACGCCAGACAUUACAAAUGAAUCCGAGCAGGGUGAGGCGCUUGUGCGGACUGGGAAGCAGAUGGCAUCAGAUUUCAAGGACGGCUUGUGGACCUUCUUUGAGGAUCUGCGUCAGGCCACUGUGGGUGAUGAGGCGAUCAAUGGCGUUGGCCACCAGGUCCGUCGUCAACCCAGUGGAGCGAAUAUCGGCUCCAGCUCGUCUACCAGCCUCAGUCGGUCAAAAAGUAUGGGCCAUGCGCGCAAGCCGAGAUCGCUGCAGCCUUCCGGUGACGGUUCCGCCCUGAUAGACAUCGAGACGGACUUCUGGAAGGAGCACGGAAUUGAGGCACCGAAGCCUGCGGUUGUCAAGCCCGCCAGGUCCAACACCACACCGCAGAAGCCGCAGAACCGCUCUAGUCAGACCUUUGAAGAAAGCUGGGAGGAUUGGGAGAGCCCAAAUAACGACGACAAAUUUGUUCCCGGUCAUUCGAGCACUAACAGCUCUGUCUCGGAAGGCCAGGCCUCUCACUGCUCGGACGGCAGCAGCCCGCGGACCAGUACUAGCUCGGGCCCCGUACUAGCACCUCUCGAUCUCGGAAAAGUCCGCGAAACGAAGCGCUCCUCGACGAGUCCGUCCUCUCCGUGGCACGCCCUGAGCAAGCUCUCACCUAGCAACGUCAAGCGCGCCGCCUCCAACUUCAUGGACGAAUGGGAGAAGAGCAUCACCUCCCCAAUCGAAGGUUCCAUGGCCGAAGCCGAUGCUCUGCAGGAGUAUAUCGCCUCUAUGACUCCACCCAAGACCAGCAAGGCUGAAUGA